AUGAGCAAGUCGUUGAAAACAUUGAGCGAUGAUUUGUGGAAAAAUCGGGUGGAGAAGGUGAACUCUGAACUUUUUACGUUGACAUAUGGCUCCUUGGUGGCACAGCUGUGCCGGGAUCUGAACUACAACUACGCUGAAGUCAAUGCGCACCUCGAAAAGAUGGGUUAUAACAUCGGACUGAGACUGGUGGAAGAGUUUUUUGCACAGACCAACCUGGGGCGAUGCCAGACGUUCCGUGAAACAGCAGAAGUCGUAGCCAAGGUCGGAUUUCGCAUGUUCCUCAACGUGGUGCCGCAAGUCGUGGGUGUGGAUGAGAAACAGUUCAGCCUGGUGCUGGAUGAGAACCCGCUGGCCGAGUUUGUGGAGUUGCCCGAUGAUGGCAAGGCCUUCAAGGAGCUGUGGUACUCUAAUGUGCUUGUGGGUGUGUUGAAGGGUGCCUUAGAAAUGGUCCAGCUAGAAGUGAACGCGUUUUUCGUGAGCGAUGUGCUAAGAGGGGAUGAUACCACGGAGUUGAAAGUGAAGUUGGUGCAGGUAUUGAAGGAUGAAAUCCCAGUAGGCGAGGAUUGA